UUGCACGUGCAUUCUACAAAUAAUACGUUCUACAUUAUCUUUUGUACCUAAUCAUAAUGACAAACAAUGUCAGGGGAUCCUAGUUUGUCAUUAGUGGUUGAAGCUAAGAAAUGCAAGUACACGCUCAUCCCCAAGAAGGUAACCUGCGAUGAAGUUCUCCAAAUUUGGAUCACGGCCUCCCACUUCAUCAUAAGACGGUUAAUCGAUCGAAAAGCUGUUAACCUCCCGGGAAUUGGGCUUUUUUCCGUUCUCAGAAAGAAAAUAGACGUCGGAAAUAAUGGAAAGCUAUGGGUUCACCGACCUAUCUUUAUAUUGUCGGAGAAGUUCGCCCAAACACACCGUGUUACCUACACCAAAUACCAGUCAGCCGGUGAAAUACCAGUAAUACAACUGAAUUAUGCGAUGCUAGCGAUAGAGGCAGGCUUUGAAAGGGAUUUGGUUGAAGUUUGUAUAAAGGAGAUGAUUGGGGCUUUCGCGAGGACCGUCAGUUCAAGCAGAAAAGGAGAGUUGACCUUCAGAGAUGUGGGAAAACUCGUUAUCAAGGAUGGUAAAGCGAAGAUGAAAUUCCAUACGGAUUUCUUGAAAGCAAUAGGAGGAUCACGUCCCAUCAGCUUGAGUCCACUGCCACUUGGUCGGCCUCGGACCUCGGAUACGUUUAUUUCACGAGAUUCUGUUAUGACCGACUCUUCAUCGGGCUCUUUUAAAUUGGUGCUCCCCAAAAUUGCAACCAAUGAAGGAGAAUAUGAUAGACCAGUGUCAGUGAUUAGCAAUCAUGAUGGUCGAUUACUUUUGUCACCUCUAGAUGUCUUGCCAGAAGAGGAUAACCUGGAGAUCCCCACGGACGUAGAGAUAGAUGAAAUGACGGGAAAUAUGUGUCAUCAUGCAACACAAGAAGAUCACUUAGACGGUAAUUCGUAUAUUAACCAGUCAGGCUCUGAAAUUCUGCUAGCACCUGUGUCCAGCGUUAAUGUUGCUUCACCACUUCACAAAUGUGGUGAGAACAAAAGAGUCAAAACAGAUCUCAAACCCUCUAAUUUAAUAUGCCGAAAUACGAAAGAGGAAGCCAAGGACGGAAUUGUUCCUGAAAAAAGCGUGCACUUUCAUGAAGAUGCCGAGAGAAAUUUGAAUGCAGAACAAGUUAAAUGCGAUUGUAAUCACCAAUGCGGUCAAGAGUUGUGUUACUUGUGUCAUCAGAGGCAACGGCGAAACAUUCCUAUCACUUUUGAGACUGAAAAGAAGAGAGACGAGCAGGAGCAAGACCGUGUUUUACAGAAGUAUCAGCAACUCAAGGACCAGAAGUUUAACGAGAAAGAGAACAAACACCUACAAUACGAGCGUCAACUGAGCAGAGAAGUCGCUCAAUUCAAUUUAACCGCAUCAGAAACUUUAAAAUCCGAGCAAGCUCUCCCGAAAAAGUUUCACCACUCCUACAUCUUCCUGAACCGGAGCGACUCACCUUAUUGGUACAAGCUGCGUGAUCAGUACAGCGAGUCUCUGGGAGAGCAGCUGUGCAACAAAACGGAACGUCUCAGGAAACUAAAAGAUGAAACAGACAGACUGGAACAAGAAGAGCAGAGAUAUCUGGCCGCGGAGUUGGCAGCGACAAGAAAACAACAGCUCAUGAACAAAGCCUUGUCCACUAAAAAGUACGAAUCUGCUCUUCAUACCCAGAUUAUGAACAAACCAUUUCAACUUCCAAAAGCGCUGCCCGAUUCAGAUGGAUCUGUUUUUGGUAAACUUGACACGACAAAAGAGAAAUUAGCGGCUAAGAGAAACAGAGCAAAAGACGUGCUAAACCAUCAGCUAAAAACCACAAAGGAGAAAAAGGAGAAAUCACGGUUGACGAAGGAGCAGAAUAGGAAACACGAAAUGGAUGUAUUGAACAGAACGACAAAGGAGCUCCGAGAGGAAACCUGUAGGCGUCACGUGAUAACCAAAGGAGUUAGAAAUUCGCUUGAAAGGAGCUGGACCAGCCAACACACGGAGAAGAAAAGACAGGAUAAACUGGAUAAAAAACAUCAGAUGACGGCUGGUUUGCUACUGCUAGAUCAGUGUAAGAAGUAUAAGAGAUGUGACCAGUGUCAGAGGAACUGUGAGAAUAUUGGAGUAACUAAUGUGUGGCCAGAGAGCCGAUAUCUAUCCGGAUCCAGACUCAUGAUUUGAUUUUAAGAUGCAAAAACUCGUCUUUGAUA